UGAUUUCCUAUCGCUAGGAUUACUUAUAUUGUAGUGUAACAGUGUCUUUCGUUCCACAUCAUACACAUACACGCAAAGAAAUCAUGGUGAAUAAUGUUGUUGUUUUUUAUUAUGAAAUUGUUUAAAUUUUUUAUUAUUAAACUCAAAGUCUUGUUAUUGCUUCGGUAUUAAUUGAUGAUUUUUAAGUAACAUAAUCGAGAGUGAAGAAGAGGCGUUUCGCAAAUUAACAGAUGCGAGAGUACAAUAGAUAAUAAAACUUGAUUUUAUUUAUCGUUCAGUUUCAAGUAUACUAUUGUAGUAACAAAGUUAAUUAAUUUAAGAUUUAAAUAUGCAAGUAUAUAUUAUUUAGUGCUGAUAUAUAAAUGUACUAAAACAGUUAGUUAUAAAUUGACAACCCGAGUUUAACAUUUGCUAAAUGUUGUGUCUAAAUUUAAUGGAUUUUUUAUUUUUCAGUAUCUUCUUCAGUAUAUCUUGUUCAGUAUCAGUGACUUAACAGUUAUUUUAUGUGUCAUGUCAUCGAGGUACCAUAUAUAUUUAUAUCGAUGUUGUAGCAUUUGUUUAUCGUCGAUUCGCUUAACUUUUAACCAGGAACAUUUCCUACUGCCAAUGCCGUUGUAAUCUAUUACUUAAUUUCAAGUAUGUAUUACCAUCCACAACAGAAUAUUAUCUCAUCUGCUUGAAAAAAGUAGAACAAAAAAUUACGUUCCGCACGAUAUAAGUGAAGCGAAAUUGAAGUAAAAUAAAGUCUGAAAAACAUGUCACAGUUCGGGAUAAAACGUUUACAAUCGUUGAUAAAGUAACAUACUGUGUGUUAAAAAUGAUAUAUUUAAUCUACAUCAAUGAUUUAACAUUAUUAUUAAUUAUUCUCGCCCCAAUGAUUCCUAUUGAUUGAUGAUUCCUAUUUCUAUUGAUUUAUUUACAUUAGGAGCGUGAAAUUUGACUGAAUUGUUCUUCGAAGCAAUUUCGAGGGGUCUACAAAUGUCUUUUUCCGAUUACUGCUUUAAUUCCGAUAUUUGCGCAGCUGUUGAGAUGCAGGGGAAUCGCAAAUGCAUUCCACGUUCCACAUUAAACGGCAGCCUGACUGGUAUUCUUGUGUUCGUACAAUGUGCGCUUCUUAUCGAGUGGUUAUCAAGUUGUUAACUGAAUGGACUGUUUCGAGGACUUGGAUUUUAUCGCUUAAUUAGUGUCAUGAUCUUGCUUAAUUGUAGCCGAUCGUUUAGCUCAUCGCGUAUUCUCAUCUAGAAAACAGCAUCUUUCUUAUACGUAUUAUUAUAUACCAUAUUCCGUCAUAAGAACAACCGUUCCUCUACAUUUUUAAUUUGAGAUGAGUAACGUAUUGUGAAAAAUUACAUCCUAAUAACAUACCAUUCCAAAAUUAUUUUAAAAAUACAUGAACAUCUUAUCGUAACGAACCCUCAGCAAAUCACGAUUAUCAUGCCUCAAAGUUAUAAUAAGAUUGGCUCGAUAAUAUAUGAUAAUAAUGAUAGAUGAGUCGCUUUUCUUAUCGCUCGUAUAUUUCAUAUUAGUAGACACAUGGAUUAUUUUAUUAUUAGCGAACUUUGUAUUAUAUAUUUUAUUUUAUUUGACUGUUGUACACACAUGCACGUAAACAGAUACGAAAUAUUAAACCAGUCACGGCAGCUGAGAUUAGAAUAAACAGAUAAGAUAAAGAUACACGACACAGGAGAGAAUAGAUGCAUAUUGCAAGAGGCGAGAAGCCGUGCCACACAAUUAAAGAUGAAUCACGCAUCGCGCAUCGUAGGCUCGUAGUAAUUACGAGAAAUUACGUAAAAAGAUACGCGCAGCGUCCAUAGAACUUCACGCUUGUGGGUAGUGCCGGGCUGACCUCCUUCCAAGCUUCAGCUGCAGCGAUUUUUGAAGUCGUUCCUCCUCCCAUUCGUAUAUCGUAGAUCGUAGAUCAGUAUAUCGCACGGAUCGAGAGAUUAAUUGAUUAAUUAGGCAUUACUUAUAUAACGGGCAACAGUUUCAAGUUUCUCAUGUUGCGAUUUAUUUAUGCUCUUUACGUUGUGUAAUAUUUCGAAUAAAUUAUUGUUAUUCUUUGAUUGUUAUACGAGCCUGGUCAUCCUUAUCAAUCUUAUCGUUGUUCUAUUAAGAUACGGCCCAACACAGCGUUCGAUAGCUCUAAAAUUUUAACGAAAUGUUUAACAGCAGUGAAGAUCGCGCAAUGGAUAAGAUAAUAUGUUCUUAUGUAUACUUGAUCACGUUUCACAAUCAUGCACAAUCAGCGGAAUUCCGCUUCACCUUUCAGGUGCCAAAGAGACUUCAUCGCUUCCUGCUCGACAUGACUACCGAAGGUAACAAAGGGCCUCCGAGCACUAUAACGCUCGGCUUCUCCAUAUUGACGCAUUUUCUACUCGUGGCUCCUGUGAUAUACAUCCUCGUGCUUGCCUUUGGGCAUUACAGCUUCUUCUCUUGGCAUCCGAUUUGCAUGUCUCUCGGGGUCGGUCUGCUGAUUACAGAAGCUGUCUUCAGCGUCUCCGGUGAGGCGUACAUCGCGUCGAAGCUAGCCAGGCGUAACAGAGUGACGAUUCAUUGGAUCCUGCACGCGAUAGGCCUGACCUUAAUCGGGAUCGGUUUCAUCAUCAUCAUCGUCAACAAAGUUAAUAACAACAGGGCUCAUUUCGCCACAACUCACUCGCAAUUAGGCCUAGUAACAAUCAUACUGUCCGUCCUGGUUGCCUCUUUCGGCGUUGUGGCGAACAACACCACGUGGCUGUAUCCACGUGUAAGACCGGUACUGAUCAAGAUCGCCCAUGCUUGCGGCGGCAUCGGCAUGACCAUCCUUUUCCUGGCCACCCUCAUCAAUGGCACGUACUCUAAUUGGUGGCCUGGAACAUCCACGGGUAGAGACCUGGUCUUUACCUCGUUCUUUAUCGCGGGUGUUUUGAUACUCGUGAAACCGAUACUCGGCACCAUCUCGAGGUGCAGGGUCGUGUUUGGACCACCCUCGAGUGACUCGUAAAGCUUCCCCAAACGCUUCCGAUGAAAUCUGUUACGUCGGGACGCGAAUCAAAUACGAAGAUUGUCUCGGAAGUAAGAUACGCUCGCCGGACAAAAGCAAUGAAAUUUUGUAUGUUGAAUUUUUAAUAAUACUUAUAAUUAAUUUUUUGUAAUACCGAAGACUGUCAGUCGUCAAGUGGCAUGACUAAAUAACACAUGAAAGUCAAUUUGAAUAGCCUGUUGGAAAUAUUAUUGAUAUUUCUAUAAACCUGCAUGAUCAAGUUUGAUUUAAAAUUGUUAAUUAUAAAGCUUUAAAUGUCCGGGAUGAGUGUCUUACUCUUGAUGCAGUCCCAACAUGCCCAAUGAUGAUUGGAAAAGCCAAAGAUCAUAGAGCUAAUUCUAUUUUUACCGAUCCCAGGAUUAUUAUUUGUAUUCUAAAAACAAGGCCAGUAUCAUUGUCAGAAAUCAGUAUCAUGGCAGGAAUUUAAAGAGAUCUGGCAGCUCGUUUAACAUACAUAUAUGUAUCAACAUUUUAUUGAUUAUACACACGCAUCACACAUAUACAUUUACCACACGUUACAAAUUUACAUAUACACGCACACACGCGCAUACAUAUAUAUUUGUCGAUGUGCUCACAAUAUAUAUCCUUUAUAUUUCAAUGUACAUACAAUAACACAACGUAUUUAUUCCAUAUACUUAUACUUUAUAUAUUAUUUUUAGAUUAUUUAUAUAUAUUCUCUUUUAAUCACACGUUAACACGUAAUUGUCAUUCUUAUAAUAGUUUGAACUAUUAUUAUUAAUAAUAACUUUCGCAGAUCCAAUCCUUCUCGUUUCUACUUCCAUGAGGCUAUUUAAGACUAUACAACAAUAUGUAACACAUAUAUUCUGAUUUGUCUAUUCAAAACCUGCACGAUAUAAUAAUUUCGAUCUCAUUUGCAUUUAUAUAACUCUCUCCUAAUUCCGUCUACAAUUGCUCACGGCAUUAUUGUAUUUUGAUUGUAUAUCAUUCAGUAUGUUCAAAAUGUUUUACAUUAAAACAUUAGUACUUCUUUGGUACUAUAAUAAAAUUAUUUUUUUACACAGAAA